AUGGAAACAAAUGAAAAUAAGAAAAAGUUUGAAACAUUAAUAUCUUCUCAAGAGAAACGUAUUCAAGAACUUGAAGCAAUUUUAGAAAGUGAUAAAACUCAAAUUGAACAAAUACAAAGAGAUCUUGAAAAAGAAAAACAAAAAGAAAAGACAGUAAUUAUUAAACAAGAAGAACAACAAAAAGAUUUUGAAGGACUUAAAGAGUUAGAAGUACUUGGAGCUAAAAUUGGUGAAUUACAAAUGGAAAAACGAAUUGUUGUUGAAGAAAAUAAAGAAUUAAAAGAACAAGUUAGUAAAUUAUCUGAACAAUUAAAUGUAUGGAAGAGUGAAACAGUUAAAAAUUAUAUUUUAUAUUUUGGAAGUGUAAAAAGUAAUGAACAAUUAGAAAAAGAAAAACAAGAACAAACUAAAAGAGCAAGUUUUAUGAAUUAUUUAUGGAGGGGAUAUUCAGUUGAUGGAUUACCACAAAAUGUAUCACAAGAUUUAUCAACAAAAAUGCAUCGAGUAUUAGAAGAAACAUUAUAUCAAAAUGUUAAACAACAAGAUGAAAUUGAUGCAUUAAAGAAAGAAUUAAAUAAUCAAUCAACACAAAUUGUUCAUUUAAAUGAUAAACUUACUGAAAUAGAAAAACAAAAAAUUAUAAAUCCUAAUUCACAAGAAAUAAUUGUUACAGAAGAAAUAUCAAAAAAUCCAUCAGAAACUAUAAAAUUAAAUCAAGUAGUUGCACCUGAACUUCCACCAAAAUCAAGUAAUCCAUAUUUUCCUAAAAGUAAAAUAAGAAAAGAUGAUUAG